AUGAAAUCACAUAGUUUGCCAUUAACAGUUGAGAAUUUUCUAUUAACAUUUAAAGAAUAUUUUACUGUUUGGCUCAAUCAAAUCUUGUAUUACAAUCAUGUCUAUGAACAAUUAACUUUUGAUCAAUUCAAAUCGUUUGAUUUAAUCAUAUAUAAAAACCGUAACCCUCAAUUACAAGGUUAUAUUGAACAAUUAAUUGUUAAUGUUAUAAACCAACUAAUAAUCAAUCAAAAACAGUCACAGUCAAAGCAAAGGCAAAAACAAAAGAAACAACAAGAAACAUUCAAUGGAUUGUAUGGUAUUAAUUGUUUGGUUUAUCAUUCAACGAACAAUACAGUAGUCAGACAAUACACCAUUAAUUUUCAUGAGUUUAUUAUAAAUUUGAAUGAGACGAUAAACGAAUUGAAGCUUCAUGAUAAGGAUGAAGACAAUUCAGCCAUUAUAAAUAUUGAGAGUUUAAAUUGGGAUGAAAUUUAUACUCAAUAUAGCACUAUUUUGUUUCAUCAUAUUCAGCAGUUGAAAAUUCAUGAAAAGAGCUUGAUCGAAGAGAGACAGCAAGACCUUGAAGUUGAUGACUUGUUUUUCAAAAUCACAGUUGAUGUUGAUCAACUGUUAUACAUUAAUAAUUAUGGUAAUUGGGUGAGAUUGAAACGUGAUGGCAAUAGAGACAAUGAUAGUAGAGAUAACGAGACACAAUGUAUUUUUGAACCUAUUGGAGAUGUUAAUCUUGAACUUUUGAAUUUCAACUGUUACAACAAAGUUUUUACCUAA